AUGACCGCCGAAGUCGCCCCGCCGAAUGAAGAAAAGGACGAGGUUCGACAGAGGAAGUCCUUCGAAUUGCUGAAUGUUCUCGGUGAGCAUUAAUUAACUACUGUUCCGCCUCUAGUUCCGGUCGCACACCCAGUUGGCCUGGCAACAACCUCGCUAAUAUGUUGUAUUUUCACCGUAACCCUAAUCUUUCUAGUUUUAUUGUCUGGACACACGAUUGAGCAGUUUGCUGUGGUGUAGACGACGGCACCCAUAUGGUUUACAUGUUUAUUACUACUUCUAUUACUACCGACAACUUGAAAAUGGAUUAGAUGGUUCAUCAAUAACAGCCCUUGUCUUGCAUUGCCUGCCUAUUCCUACACCCACUUUUGUUAUCCUGCUGAGCCACCUGCCCUUCAUGGUCAUGCCUUGUGCACCCGAACCUUAACUGCUCCCGAAAAUUGCCAAGUCGCGAACAUUCACGCUAAUCAUGUAGGAAUUAGUAAUUUACUGGUUCGACUGGUAAUGGUUUGUCUCUGACAUGUUUUAAAAGAUUUGUGAACACCACGGCAGCCCCUCUACAGUAUGAAACCUAGGUGCUGCAAGCUCGAGUUGUAUUCUUUGGGCGUUCCUUCCUGAAUUGACUUGAUGCUGUCUCCGCUGUUGGCCUCAUUGUAAGUACCUCAACGCCAAUUAACAGCAAUAAGGAAGACUCCUGGGUAAGAUUGUGCCUAAGUCCCAUUUCGAGAGUAACACAGUGUCGGUACAACCAUUUCACUAUGAUCCCCCACGUCCCUGCACUUUUUUGCUCCACAAGCCGUGGACAUGAUCAAGUUUCUUUAUUAGUCCUGUGGCGCCUAGGUUAGCACCCCGCAUUCAGAUGCUGCACUAGAAACCACCUGGAGGAAUUCAAACCGGUCGUUACUUGCCUGCUACAUAUGCAUAAAACGUUCGCCUAUCGGUAAAGCGUAAACAGUGACUUACGCAGAACCUGUAAACAAACACGUGAAAUUAAUAAGACUAACAAAGGAGGGGCUCAUAACUAAAGACUUGUAUGUCUUAGUUUUCAAACAGGCUCGCCUGUAGUGCGCCUGCAUCUAUAUGCUAUUACUUCAUUUGCAUUUCUCGUUUUUUGACGACGGUUAAGUGUCAGGACUGGAUACUUCUCGCCUCACUGACCCCUUGGCAGCCAGGGCAUGUUUAUCUAUCCGCCAUAUUAACUCUUGAAUUGCUCCCGUGCUCCAUACUUUCCAGCCCUUCCAGUUGUCAGACAGUACUACUGUUUGCAUCAAUGAAUUCGUUUUUAUUUUCAAUUGUAUCCUGAAAUCUUUGACCCUUUUUAGUUGAGAAAGUUACGGGAACUGUAAAGUGGUUUAGUAUAACCCGUCGCUACGGCUUUAUCCAACGAGACGACAAUCAGGAGGACGUAUUCGUCCAUCGAACCGCCAUCACCGCUUCGAAGCAGCGGUUCCCAUCCCUUAAGACCGGUGAACCCGUUGAAUUUUCCGUCGUUGAAACGACCGGUGGAAUAAACGCUGCUUCGGUUACUGGACCCGGUGGAAAGCCCGUUAAGGUAAAAGGAACCUUGGCCGUGCAGGUCGUUGCUUGUAAAUAUUUUGUUGGCGUUUGUGUGAAGCUCGUAGUUCAUUUUGCGAAAACAUCCAAGCCAAAAAAUCCAAAUGUCAUCUUGAAGACGGCUUUGCUACCACACCGACACGGCAUUAAAUGUAGUUAGGUUUUCCCCCACCUUGAAGUGUAAUUGUCAGACGUGCGAACUAGAUGGUCUUGAAGUUGUUCUGAUUGACUAAACAGCCUACAACGUUUGAUGCCGACGCCUUUUUAUGUCACUGGUUGAGUUUAGAAGCAGAUUCCAUUUGUCGGGCAGAGAUGGCACAAAGCGCGUCUUACAGCCAACCGAUGUUGUGGGAGUCGUGUGCCGUCUAGUUAUUGCCAAGGUGAACGCCCGUUUUGGUAGUCAAUAAAUACAUGAAUUAAUGUCCGACCUAUGGCGAUUGCGAGUGCCAGCUAGCUUGUUAUUGACAUUCAUUAUACGAUGUCAUAGACCUUUCAACUAGGCCCUCUGUGAAACUUCUAUGCGGUAUGAAUGCACACGUUUUCAACCCUAGUCGCCGAUGAUGAGCUGUCGGUUGACUGACUGAAAGCAGAGUAAAUCAAAAACAGAUAUCUCCGGUCGUAAAACGCGAGUCAGUCAUGUCCGUCCUAGUAGAAGGCGACUUUUAGACCCAAGGUUCCCCAUCUCUGUAUGCAGCAAAACCGAUUCGGGAAGCGGGCUCGCCGCAACGGAAACUAUUAGCGUAGUGAAAACCUAGAGUGUACCAGCCAUAGCCUUUUGUCACACCCGUGUAGUGUGCCAGCGCGUUUAGGAAUCCAAUCUCGUCGUCCGGUCGUCAAGCCAAAGUAAAAUACGUCAAGUAUUUCGCAUACUUAAAGGGCUCGACAUUCCAUUCGUUCAUCUGCUGCUGUAUUACCCAACUGUGAAUUGCUCGGUUCACGGGACAAACGCCCACCUGUUUUAUAUCCCUCGGCAAACAGGUUCCAAGUGCGAAGGUACAGGCCACAAACAAGCAUCCACGUAGCAGGCCACAAAACAUCCGGGCAUAUAGUAGUUUUUUCGGUUGUUUACUUCGGAGGCUUCGCUAAGAUUGCGCGUAACGCUUUCAUCGUUAUAGAGUCCCGUGCAGGGGGUUUCCGGUAACCAGGAAAUUGGUCAGACAUGUUUCCUGUGGUGAAGUAGGCCUUGUGUUCCUAGGACUCAUAAUCUUAAUAUCGCUUUACGUCGGGGAGCCUAAUUUGACGCUGGCUAUUCACAGCGAACUUAGACAAGCCUUGUGGUAAGGCGUUGGUAAGUCCAUCGCCAGUCCUCCGUCUCGUAACCCGUCCCAAGACUAGUGAUGGGUGGUGGACGAGGCGCGCAUCGAUCGUAUUACGGUACUCGCGCAUCCCAUUGUCUCGGGGCUCUCUCGAGCCCCGUCAGCAGCCUCACAGCGGCGUAUAAUACAGGCAGAAUAGCAUUACCAGCAGGAAUAAGAGAGACUGAAACGACUGUUCCCGACUUAUCAGCCAUCAUCAGCCAGCCAUACCCAACUCGUAGACACGCCACCCCGAGGCGUUUCUAAACGCGAGUUCGACCUUUGCAGGCGACGACGUCCGCUGUCACCCAAUGAGGCGAGACCGACAGUGAUGACAAACGUGAAUCUGUUUAUGGUGGGUCAGACUUAAGCCGCAUCUGCCGCACCGCCACCUCUUAGCGCCUCGCCCCGAUUGUAAGACAGUCAAGAUCUAAGCCACAACUCCGCGUUGUGAGAAAAUCAGACGCGUCAGAUUUAUUGUAGUGGGAUUGUGCAGCUUUUCCGUAAGAAUUGACCUCCCGGUAUUAGCCUCACUCUUCCUUCUAUCCCUCACGUUCUUGUAACUUUUUCGAGUCAGACCGACCAGGAAGGGGAUUGGACAGUCUCUUGCAGGACUAAAUAACCCGUCUGCGCUUCGCACACGGCCGGGUCUGCACGCCAUUCAGCGAGCUACGCUUGGCAUGCUUUCUUCUAAAGUUAGAUGUACAUGUGACUUUCACCCUCCGUACCGGCACUGGAUCGUAGGCACGCUGAACAAGGAUUGUGUCCUGUGUUGCGGAGGGAUGUCUGGUAUGCGUGUGCUAUGAAAUAGGUUCAUGCGUGGGCAGCUGUGGUAAGGUAUGAUGGGAUUCUGACUUUGUAGUGGGGAUUUUCGUGGGUGCUAAUAUUACUCAAUAGGCCCAUGUGACCGCCGAGUCUUCUGCGACAGUUUAGACAAAGUAAGGCUGACAGAUGUAUUUUGGGACUCCCAGGCACCUUUUCGCUGUCGUCACUGCGGUGGACUUGCAAGUCAUCCCAGUGUGCGGUGACAAUAUAACACGAGUUAGGAACGCUUCUAUUGAGGUGGUAUUGCAGAGUAGUAAUGACUGGAAAUAGCAAAUAGAACUUAGUAAUUUUUGGGGCUUGCAAUCGCUCUACACUGAGCGAGUUCUAAUUUACAACAGUCCGUCCCAGCCGCCAGAUUGUCAGUCAGACAUUAGCGUUGCACAUUGUCUCCCAUCCUUUUUCACAACGUCUUUGGCUGGAUUUUCUGAAAAAUACUACAUGGGUUUGCCGGGGUCGAAUUUUGACCCAAACGCCGGCUGACUGACCCCGACUAUGCUUACGGUACCUUGCUAGUACCUAGCUGCGGUUACCGGCAGGACGCAAUAUCAAGAGUGAAUGGAGUCGCUAAAUCAGUCAGUUUAUCCAUAAACAAUGGAAAGGCGUAAGUAUUUCCGAGCUCCGUGCUACAUUGGUAAGGUUGGCGAGAAAACUGUACUUUACCUAAGCACGUACUUCGUACGGUUGUAGUCCUGCGUGAUGAAGUCGGCCUCAAUGGUAUCGUAGAUCGCACGCAUAAAGUGCGGCAGUGCACCUGGAGAUCAUGAUUUACUUUUGUUCAGUGCCAGAGAGCGGCCGCCAUAUAAAUUACAGCAAAGUGCAACGGUGGCACAGAUAUUUGACGACCGUGAAUAGUCACUAAUUAGUUUUUAUUGAACAGGAUGGGCGACAAAGUAUAGCACUAAUUUACUUCUGGUGGCUGAGAUGGACUGUUAUGAACCAGGGUUCACUCGGCUGGGAGCGAUAGUGGGCUGCUCCGUGGAGGUCGCUGUCUCAGCCCAGUACAUUUUUAGGUCAUCUCUAGCCGAUUUUCCCGCCAUUUUCCGAAGCUAGUGGAAGGAAUCAUCGUUGUGAGACGUGGCGCCAACCGUCUGGUCAGACAACUGCUAGGUUCUCCCUCUGAUCUAGUCACUGUGACGUCGCUUGUGAAUCAAGUAAUUUUCCCACCCGUCCCAGACUGAUGACUCGGGUCUGUGCUCAGGGCCUCCGCUGUGUUGAUUUGUUGUUUCGAAUCUAAGACCUCUUGCAUGGGACACUUACUGUGGAUGGUGGUGGACAUUCAGGAUUGUACCAAUAAGAACAUGGUCCGACCAGCGGGUGCUACCGCUUUUGACACCGUGCAUCGGUCUGCUAUCACGAACCCGACUACGGAACUGUGGACCGACAAAAAUGUAGUCAGUCUAACUGGUCGUAUUACCGUCUUUUGAAUACCUGAUCAGCGGAUGUUAAUGGCUGUGCUGGAAGCACCCGGUUCUGACCGCUAUCACUAUAUAAUCGAGAGCCAAGCCCAAAGCAGCCGAUGGGGUGACUAUUUGAAGUCACCAGGCCCAAUCAGGCCAUUCAAAUCUCUGGUAGCAGUCAUAAAAUCAAGGCGAUGAUCAUGCAGCUCCGAUUAAGUUUCUUUGUCGUACUGGUCGGCAGUUGACGUUGGCGCUAAAGGUAGACGACAGAAACGUUAUCUUAUGCCUAUGUGGUUACACGUACCCACUCGAAUGGAGACGCGCUUUUAGGGGUUUUCGGACUCAUUGUUCGCGCCGGCCUGUGCAUAAUCGGGGGCGCUAUACCCUCUGUCAUCCUGCGGAUGGCUAAAACUGCGCUGUUUGGUCAAUUCACACUAACGCCUAUUCGUGGGUUACGGGUUUUCAUUUAUGGUGUUCACUCUGAUGUCCGACUGAUAUUUGUUUUGUUCUUACUCCGUUAGCACAGGACUUACUAGCACACUAAAGAGGCUUGGUUCCUUGCGAAGAUGAGUGUAAAUUAACAUGGACGCCAAAAAUGGCCAUUCUUUUUUGACUUCCCAUAUGGAGCUCACAUUUGUGUUAUCGUUUGAACACUUGUAUACAUAACAUAGCAGUUCUCGCGAGGCUCCUUUAUUCAUCCUUUCCAUUUCUAUUUGGUCAGUACCAGAGUCCCUGGAUGGCAAGUACUGGGUUAUUAGUAAAGAAACUUUGCGUUUUGCCGUUGUUACGCUACCGGCAUCCCAGCUACUAGUGUAAUCCGAUUUCAUUUUUGUCCUUUGAUUCCUACCUAGCCCCCAUACUUCCGCUCCUGUUUAACUCUGCGCCACUGAAAACUGCUCAUAGUCGGCGCCGCAUUUUAAAAUGCUUGGUUUUUGAGUUAUUUUGCGCAUCAUGGCCAGACUGCGUCACGUCCGCACGCUACCCAGAAUCGCCGUGUGGUGAGGAUGUCCUUUUAGGAGUUUCGAGGCGAUUUUUUGCCACUCCAGAUGAUGAGUCCUGUUUUUCGCGGCCGCCUUCCUGACCCCCUGUGGGCUCAGCCUCGAGUCCGAUCAACUGCUUUUAUUGUUGCUUUAAAGUAUAUGCACUCCAGGACUUGGUGCUACCUAACUGCCGCAAACAAGCCGGUUAUUUUGUAUCAAAAAUCUUAAACUUUAUUGAUCACUCGGUCACCACUUUUCCAGUAAUACUUGUAACAGCAUACAGAUAGUGCAAUUUUUAACCUCUACAAUCCAAUCGAUUGAGUGAAAGAAGGUACGACAACAUAUAAAAGUCUUUCCCAAAGAAGCCUUGCCGAUACUUGCGCUGCUUCGAAGCAACCUACAUUCGAAGAAAGAAACCUGGCCUGCACAAAAACAGGCCAUGGAGUAAACCUGACGUUGCUCAGGUAAUCUCUGGUCGUUAUGUUCACGCAUCCUCUCUGCCUUCCUUAAUCGCGUUUGUAAGUGACCCCUGUUAUCGAGCAAGUCGUGUAUUUCAUGUUAUGAAACGACAGGCGGUAGUUGACAAGUGGUCGCAAAAUUUUUUGAUACGGCAAAGUCUCGCUGUUUGUUUUUCUUUGGAUUAGGAACAUCCUUUCUUUGGGUACUGUCAUCCUCGGUGGGCAAAAUUUUUUGCAUGAUUGACAAUUUUCUGGUGUCAAAUCUUCCGUCUGCAUUUACCGAUGUUGAUUCUAUUAGUUUGGCACGGCCUCCAUUUUGACUCCCUUUAUGCCUUUGGGCACCAUGUAAAUUUGGAUUGGGUACUCGUACAUAAUCAUAUUCAAUCUUUCAUCUCCAGGGUACUCGACGCUACUUUCGUCGUGCUACUGGCAAACCGGGUACAACCCAAGAUGCCGCUCCUGGUCCAUCAGAGCACGACGGUGAUCAACCUGUCCAGGCGAAUGGAACGCACCCCGGCGGGGAUGUUGAAGGCCCGCGUCGCGGCGGUUUUCGAGGCCGCAGGCGUGGAAGCGGACGACGACCCCCCAGAACGGUAUGCCUGACCGCACUUAAAGCAAUGCCUGGUAACUUGUCAGUCCCUGUUCCUCAUCCCCAUUUGAGAUCGACCAUUCCGGUCUUCUCUUCUAGAGCCACGAUGGUAUGGGUGACUAUGCUAACGGCAGUGAUGCCCAGAACGGUGGUGGUGUCUCGCCAACUGGUGGUGCUCCCCGACCUCGCCCAAGACCACGCCGAGGUCGCGGCCGCAUAGGUAUGGGUGGCUAUGAGCACUCAGCACCCCGUCAGCAACACAGUGAAGGAGAGGCAAACGGACCAGUCAAUCAAGACCAGCACCCGCCUCGUCGAGGUCGGAGGCCAUUCCGGCGUGGCCGUCCUAUGAAUGGAAAUCGGCCUUCAAAACCCACUAGCGGUGACGACGGGGCUGGCGCCACUUCUUCGGGGGAACACGAACAGCAGGUCCAUGAGGGAAAACCAUCAGACGGUAAGCCUAUUUUAUACAGCAUCCAGAUCCGGAUCUUUGUCGCUGACUGUUUUUUUUUCCAAAAGAAUCAAAUUUAUCAUCUAAAGUAUUUCGCGUUUUUAUCUAGACAGUGUCAUAUAGACUUUAGAUAGUUCACGUCGCAGGUUGGUGAAAAUCCUAUUUUCAUCGUUCCGGAAACUGUUCUGCAUUUUUCGACGAAUCUGUUUCUCCCGAAUUUCGCUCAACUUCUUAUACCUUAAACUCGUCUUGAGCGACCGUUUUUACGCUAAAAUUUUCUAUUUGUUAUCGUUUUCCUAUGGUAUUUACCAGCUUCAAUAGUCUUACUCGUUACUUUCUCGUCAGCAGUUGACAACCUGACUUAAGAUAAUGCGGGUACGGGCGGCCAUUUCUUAUGGCUCCGCCCAGGGCUGCCGAUAAUACGUCCAGCUGAGUUUACUACAGUCGCUACUGUCUGCAUAGACAAUGGCGACUCCCGCGUGAUCUGAGUGAUAGUGGGGUGGGAUUUUGCGGCAUAGACCUUAACGCCCACACGCCCAUCAUGUCCCAGCGGCACUACUAGGUUCAGGCGACUGGAGAUCAGAUGCCAAUCCACGUUCCAAUUUCUCGAUCCACACGGGUCGAUUUUCCAACUUAGGAUCUCACGUUAUUGAGAGGUUCUGCAGGACCUCAUUAUAAAAAAGACAUUACAAUGUAACCUUUAGAAAGACCGAGUUAUUCACUAGCCGUCAGCCCCUCAACCGACUUCUUGACUCAGUAUUAACUACAGAGCGAGUCAGAUUGAUGGAGCGACUGGCCGCGCAAUGCCGACCCCGAUGGCAUUAUAUAUUCCUUGUUGUUUAUUCACGUCAUGAAGACAGUGAGCACAAUCGGAAUUCGGAGGCCCCAAGCGCCAUGAGUGCUUCAUCUCCUUGUAUUACAAACCCUAUCAUUCAGCACUUCAUUUUUCAGAGAUUUCCAUUGGCGACCAACUGGCAAAUAUGAAGAUUGAAGAAGGGGACUCAAAGGACCCUGCAAAAUCUAAGAAUCCAGUUGCGGAGACUCAUGAGGAGACGCCUGCAGAACAAGCGAAGCCAUGUGCUGAAAAGGACGCAGGUGUCGAAGAUAAGGGCGAAGAGCCCAGUGAGUCGACAGCCGCGGAGAUUGUGGAGGCAGAUGAGAAAGACAAAAAGGAUGAACAGCCGGCCAAUUGA